AUGGGCGCGAAGCAGUUCAACGUCGCUAUCGUGGGCUACGGCCUCUCAGCCAAGGUCUUCCACAUCCCCUUCAUCGCCCUCACCCCUUCUCUCAAGCUGCACUCCAUCCUUCAGCGCUCCCCAGCACCCGGCAACUCAGCCCCCGAGGACCACCCAGAUGUCAAGCACGUCACCAGCUUCGACGACCUCCUCGCCGACCAGGACGUGCACGUCAUCGUCCUCUGCACCCCACCGCAGAUCCAUUACCCGUUCGCCCUAGCCGCCCUCGACGCCGGCAAGCAUGUCCUAGUCGAAAAGCCAUUUGUCCCCACAGCCGCCGAGGCCGACAAGCUGGCCACACGUGCGCGCGAAGUCGGCCGCGUGCUGUGUGUGUACCAGAACCGCCGCUGGGACUCGGAUUUCCUGACGGUGCGCAAGCUCAUCGGCGACGGCACGCUCGGUCGCGUGGUUGAGUUUGAGACGCACUUUGACCGGUUGCGCAUUGCGGCGCCGACGGCUGGGUGGAAGGCCUCGACGGGUAUGGCCGAGGGCGGCGGUGUGCUGUUUGACUUGGGCACUCACCUGCUGGAUCAGGUGUUUGUGCUGUUUGGUAUGCCGAGUGGGGUGUAUGGCAAGUUUGUGCGCCAGCGGGAGGGGAAGCUCGUGAAAGGGGUGGCCGGCGAGGCGGAUGAGCCGGAUAGCGUCAAUAUUGUCUUGAGCUACGAGGAGACUGGGACGAUCGUGCAUGUGAGGAUUGGUGUGGUCAGUGUGGAGUCCCAGCAAGUGCGGUAUUGGGUCCGCGGCAGCAAGGGAAGCUACCACAAGACUGGAUUGGAUCCUCAGGAGGACCAGCUCCGCAGCGGCGGUAAGGCGACGGAUGCGAAAUUCGGCCGGGAAGAUGAGUCGAAGUACGGGCGGGUGUCUCUCUUGGGCGAAGGCGGGGCGGUCACGGACAGUGUCUACCCUACGGUUGAGCCUGAUACAUACAUCAAGUUCUACGAGUUGUUUGCAAAGUCGCUCGAGACUGGGAAGGAGGAGGAUGUCCCGGUUCCGGCGACACAAGCGGCUCAGGUGUUGAGGAUCAUUGAGGCAGUGAAGGAGAGUGUCAAGACGGGUAAGGAGGUAGCACCUUGA